CCAUCAGUUGACAAAACGCCAUAAUGACUUAAAACACAAAAAUUAUAGUGAAAAAUAAAUACAAUGUGGCCAAAUAAAUUAUAUUAUGAGUUAUACUUAUCUAAAAUUUUGUAAUACCUACAUAUUUUGCGCAUGAUAUGCCAGGGCCGGAUGUAAGAGCCGACGACAAUGUUCAUGGCGAGAUGUCUACGGAGCCCACGGCAACCGUUCACAGUGGCGUUGAAGCUAAGCCUGAAAGAAAACUAACCGUCCUUGAAACACAUGGAUAUAUUUUAGGGAGGACCAUAGGUUCUGGUUCAUAUGCCACAGUCAAGGUAGCAACGAGUGAUCGCCACAACUGUCAAGUGGCAGUAAAAAUAAUAAGUAAAUUCCAAGCGCCUGGCGAUUACCUGAAGAAGUUUCUACCAAGAGAGAUUGAAGUUGUCAAAGGGCUGAAGCAUGAAAAUUUAAUACGUUUCCUACAGGCUAUUGAAACCACUCAUAGAGUAUAUAUUGUUAUGGAAUAUGCUGAAAAUGGCAGUCUCCUAGACAUCAUCCGCAAAGACCAGCACAUAGACGAAUCGCGCGGACGUCGCUGGUUCAAGCAGCUCGUCGAGGCGGUAGAUUAUUGCCACGAACGUGGGGUGGUCCAUCGAGACAUAAAAUGUGAAAAUCUACUGAUGGAUCAUGGCCUUAACAUCAAACUAUCUGAUUUUGGAUUCGCGAGAGGUCACAUGAGGCCGAAGAACGGAGUUUACUCCUUAAGUGAAACUUUUUGCGGAAGCUAUGCCUACGCGUCUCCAGAAAUAUUGAAGGGAGUCCCCUAUAGACCUCAGGAUUCCGAUAUUUGGAGCAUGGGAGUAGUUCUUUACGCCAUCGUUUAUGGUAGAUUACCAUUUGACGAUACCAAUUAUACUCAACUAUUAAAGCAAGUUCAAAACAAGGUCUCCUUUCCCCGCGAUCCCAAAGUGUCAACUGAAUGCCGUAAGCUGAUCACUAAAAUCUUGGCCCCUCUCAAAAUCCGUGCUAAAAUACCGCAGAUUUUAGCCGAUCCCUGGCUUUGCCCCAGUCAGCCAACUAAAGAUGUAGAGUUGGAUGCCAAUCCGGAUAAUGCUCAAGCUAGCAAAGACGAAAUAAAAAGCGUAAAUAUUGGAACUGUAACAUUUGAUAGAAAAUUGGAAGAAGUUAAAUAACUUAUUUUUACAAUUUUGUAAGCUUUUA